AUGUUGAAGGCAGCCGAUCUCACGGGCGCGCUCGCGGAGCACUACGUACCGAUCUUGAAAAUCAUUCUUGUCACAGCUGUCCUUUGGCAAUUGCUUCAGGCAGGAUACAACGUUUUCUUUCAUCCCCUCCGCGACUAUCCUGGACCUCUACUGCAGCGUGCUAGUUCUUUGCCCUGGGCGUUCCAAAAUGCCAUCGGAAAACAGGCUUUUCUCACUCAAAAGCUGCAUGACCGGUACGGGCCCGUCGUUCGGAUCAGCCCGAACCACCUGUCCUUCACACAGCCAGAUGCGUGGAAGGAGAUUUACGGUUUCCAACCCAGCAGCAAAGGAUCAACUGAGAUGAACAAAUCCAAAAUCUUUUCAGAGACUGUGGAAGAACUGCCCAAAAGCAUCAUCAAUGCCGAUCGAGAGGAGCACCAGCGAUUGCGACGAGCGCUGGCUCACGGCUUCUCGGACGCCUCCAUGAGAGAACAGGAGGGCAUGAUUAUCAAGUACAUUGACAAACUGUCUGAUAGACUGAAAGAGUUCGCCGACGAUGGAACAAGCCCUCAGAACAUGGCGGGCUGGUAUAACUGGACAACCUUCGACGUUGCGGGCGACCUCAUCUUCGGGCAAUCAUUCCAAUGUCUCGAACGCGCUGACUAUCAUCCUUGGGUGGCCUUCAUUUUCGGAGCGAUCCGCUUCGGCUCAGUCAUGACUUCCGUAAAGUACAUAGGCUUGAACUUUGUUGUGCAGGCCUUAUUCAAGAUGGGUGGAAUGAAGGCUAUGAGCCAAGUGAGGGAGAACACCGACGAAAUGAUGCAGAACAGAAUGAGCAUGACUGACGAUCGGAAUGAUUUGUUCGAGGGACUUUUGAAGAGGCGAAAGGAGUGGAACCUGUCUUUCGACCAACUCUCUGCGAACGCACUCAUUCUGGUCCUAGCAGGCUCAGAGACAACCGCGACCACUCUGUCAGGCACCACAUAUCUCCUACUCACCCAUCCAGAAGUAUACGAGAAGCUCAAGAAGGAAGUCCGAUCUGCCUUCAAAGAUUCAAGCGAGAUCAACAUUGGCUCAGUCAGCAAGCUGUCGUACAUGUUAGCGGUACUCAACGAGUCACUCAGGCUCUAUCCACCGGUGACCUCAGGUAUCAUCCGAGAGGCGCCAGAGGGCGGGUGUCGAAUUGGUGGACAACACAUCCCUGAGGGCACACUUGUUGAGAUCCAACAGUGGUCCUCAAACCACAGCCCCGAUAACUGGCCAGAUCCAUGGAAGUUUGAUCCUGAGCGCUUUUUGGAGAGUGAGAAGACAAAUGUGAACCGUCUUGACUCUCUGCAGGCGUUUAGCGUGGGACCUCGCAACUGUAUUGGCCGCAAUUUGGCAUAUUCCGAAAUGAGAAUGGUUCUAGCCAGGGUUAUCUUUGACUUCGAUAUGGCUUUAGCCCCAGGAAACGGAGAUUGGAUCAAGCGGCAGAGAGCUUAUGGACUCUGGGAUCGGGUCCCUCUCAACGUGUACCUGAAGCCGGUCGCGCGUUGA